AUGAGCAAUCUGGGCGCCACUUGCUACCUAUCGGGCGUCAUUCAGGCCUUGCACAAUACACCACAGCUUCGAGAUUUCGUGGGCCGAGGACACAACUUCCCUUUUGUCAACUCACCUAAAGCGAAACCGCUGGUGGAUUGGAUGAGGAAGCUCUUCUUGGAGUUGGACCAGGGUGGUGCCAGAUUGGAGCCUAUCCACACGCAAAUAUUGCUCGACAGUCUCCAGCAGGUGAGCUCGGAGUACGGCAACACAGCCAAUGAUGCCGCUGAGGUGCUGAACAAAUUGCUGGACGUACUCAUUUCGUCGUCUUCUGUCACAUCAAGCGAAAUUGGCCCCGAAGGACCUGUCUUGUCGCGCUUGCUCAACAGUUGGAACAUCAAGCCGAUCUUACCGCUUCGCCAAGCCGCGAGCGCGUGUCUGCAAGCUAUUCACCAGGACGGUAAUUGGACUGAACUAGCGGAUAUGCUACUACUUCAGAUCGUUGGUGAGCGGAUGUGUAAGAAAUGCGGACACAUCGACCGUACCUGGGACCACGCCUCCACCGUGUUACUGCAACCUAUCGAAUCUAACCCAGAGACAGUAUUCACUCUUUCGGGUAUGCUCGAAGAGUAUUUCGCUCAAGACUACAACGAAAACAUGCUCGAGCGAACCGUGAACAGCAUGAAGGAUUGCGAGCAAUGCAAAACCAAGUCUGCGCUAAGCCGCAAAGAACGCCGCCUCGUCAAAGCGCCGCCUAUUCUUGUCUUGCAAUGGAAUAGGCGUAUGUACACAAUGUACACAACGGAUGCUAACAGAAACACGGUUUUCGGUCAAAAUGGCGGACCGGUCCAGGAGACAUGGCCAAACCGCGUCGUGGUGCCGGAAGAGCUGGACUUGGCUCCCUGGAUGAAGGGAGUCACUCUUCCUUCCGAGAAGACGUCUCAGGGCCAAAAGGGCAAUCCCAUGCUCUGGUCUAUUGAUGAACAGACGCAGUACACCUUGAGCUCAGUUGUCCACUACAGACCUACGGGGGCGCACUACGUAUCCUACGUGCGUCACGAAGACAGGUGGGUUCUUAUGGAUGAUAUAAGACCUAACCCAACGUUAUGCACCCCUGAAGAAGGAAUUCGGAAGCACCCUGGGGAGGUUGUCUACGCAGCGAUCUACGUUAAGCGUGACUCAUCGCCUGAGACAGGACCUCCUCAGAAGCAGCCGGCUUCUCCAGCGAAAAGGCAUUUGCGUCCGCUUACUUCCAAGUCGACUGCCGAAUUACGAGGCAUCAGGAAAGGUUUUCCUCUUGCUAGUAUCGUCGAGGAGGACGCGCCGAGCGAUGGUCCUUUGAGCAUCAAGGAGAAAAGGGACGGGGCUCAUGAUACUCUUUCUGGGAAGAAAGACGCACGCGAGGAGCGCAUAGCCUUGCGACAGCGUUUGUCGAUUGUGCGUGCCGAGCUGAAGGAAAAAUUGGAGCUUCUGGACAGCUUGGCGAAGAGGGAGCAGGAACUCACGGAUUUCAUUGGGAAAUCAUGA